ACCUGUUCUCUCGAGUCCACUCAACAAUUAAUCUUUCUCUCUCUACCGACCCUUUUUUUCUUCUUCUCUCUCUCUUCAGCUUCCACAUUCUCUCUUCUUUAAAGCAAAUUCUAGAGAGAGAAAGAGAGAGUGUGUGAUUUUCGAGCUUUUUACAAUGGUGGCUUCUGUGAAAUGGUUUCUCAAUGUUUGUCUCUUGAUGUUGCUUUUUGUGCUGCUCGUUGAAGAUGAAGCUAUGGCUUCAUCACAGAUCUCUCAGUUCAGCAAUGUGGAUACUGAGACACACAGGUUAACAAGCUUUAACGAUUCAUCAAUGGCGGCAAGGCAAAAAGAAGCUGAGAAAUUGAAUGAGCGUGCUGCCGUGGCUGAUCCAAAGGAGGUUGUUUCUAUGGUUGAGAUGCACAUUAAGAACAGUACUGAAAGAAGAAACCUUGGAUAUUUCUCGUGUGGAACGGGUAACCCGAUUGACGAUUGCUGGCGUUGUGACCCUAAUUGGCAACAGAACAGGAAGCGUCUAGCAGACUGCGGUAUUGGUUUUGGCAGGAACGCUAUCGGUGGCCGCGAUGGAAAGUUCUAUGUUGUCACUGACCCGAGAGACGAUGACCCUGUUAACCCAAGGCCGGGAACUUUGCGUCACGCUGUUAUUCAAGAUAGGCCACUUUGGAUUGUGUUCAAGAGAGACAUGGUUAUUCAAUUGAAACAAGAGCUUAUUAUGAACAGUUUCAAGACUAUUGAUGGAAGAGGAGCGAAUGUGCAUAUCGCGAAUGGAGCGUGCAUUACCAUUCAGUAUGUUACUAAUGUUAUCAUUCAUGGACUUCAUAUUCAUGAUUGUGUACCAACUGGUAAUGCUAUGGUGAGAAGCUCUGAAACACAUUUUGGUUGGAGGACUAUGGCCGAUGGCGAUGCUGUUUCUAUUUUUGGUUCAAGUCAUAUUUGGGUUGAUCAUAAUUCUCUGUCUCAUUGCGCUGAUGGUCUUGUUGAUGCUGUCGUCGGUUCAACAGCCAUCACCAUUUCAAACAACCAUUUCACCCACCACAAUGAGGUGAUUCUGUUGGGCCACAGUGACUCCUACACAAGGGACAAGCAAAUGCAAGUGACCAUAGCUUAUAACCAUUUCGGAGAGGGACUUAUUCAGAGAAUGCCUCGGUGUAGACAUGGUUAUUUCCAUGUGGUGAACAAUGAUUAUACUCACUGGGAGAUGUAUGCUAUUGGUGGAAGUGCUGAGCCCACAAUCAACAGCCAGGGUAACAGAUACAAUGCUCCUGUUAACCCUUUUGCCAAAGAGGUAACUAAGAGAGUGGAAACAGCUGAAAGCCAAUGGAAAGGCUGGAACUGGAGAUCAGAGGGAGAUUUGUAUCUAAAUGGUGCAUACUUCACAGCCUCUGGUGCUGGUGCUUCAGCUAGCUAUGCAAGAGCCUCAAGCUUAGGAGCAAAAUCUUCAGCUAUGGUUGGCACCAUGACAUCAAAUGCUGGUGCACUAGGUUGCAAAAGAGGCCGUCAGUGCUAACAAAAACCAUUUCAAGGAAUCAUCAAAACAACCAUUUUUCUGUGUUUGAUUUUUCAGUUUUUUUUUUUUUUAUAGUAUGCUUUUUUCCUCUGCAUCAUCAUGCAUUCUUGACAAGUGUACAUUAAUUACACAUGUCAUUAUGUUAUUAUUGUGUGUCAAAACCAAAACCUAAACCUAAACCAAAACCUUAUUAGCUGCUCAACUUGCUCCAACUGAAAACAAACAGUGCAAAGUUGUAGGAGCAGGUGCUGAAGCGCUUCUCUACUUUGGUCCUUCACCACCAACCUUACCCACCAUCAAUUCAUAUGCAUAUUUUUCCAUAUGUCAAAUCAUGUCUCUUUACACACUGUUCAGUCCUUUUCAGUUUUAUUUUAUAGGAUUUGAAUCUCAAGAAGCCAAGAUAUAUAUAAAUAUUUUUACUUUUUUUUUUUACCUUUUGUUUUGUUUGAGUUAAUUAUACCAAGAAGAAAAAAAAGUUAUGAUUGUCAAAGUUGAGUAAUGGAGUAAUGGAAACACUUUACCUAUUAUGGUGAUUAUGGAAUAGAAAUAUAGUAUUGGUGUUGUUCCCUUUUAAA